AGCAAGGAAUAGUAAAUUGUGAAGGCUGGUGCAUAGCAGCUGCAAACAAUAAAUUCCCCUGUCUCUCCCGCUAUCUCUCUCCAAAUUUCAAGUCUUCCUUCUCCUCAAUCCUUAUUCCCUCUCUAACUCCAUUUCUAACCUUGUUUCUCUCACUUGCUCUCUAUCGUCAAUCACCAUUUUUCCGGCGAAAAUGAUGACGGUAUUUUCUCAUUCCUCCACCUCAAUCGCCGGAAAACAGAUUUUUCCAGUGAACUACGAAGCUGAAGUCUCACAACGUCUCCUUGAUUCUCUCUGUUCCGGCAAUUUCAAGUCUGUUUCCGAUUGCAUCGUAGACUCUUUUCUUGAUGUUAAUUUCGUCGGUGCUGUCUCUCUUAAAUUUCGACGUUCUGAGGUCGUACUCCAUGAUCAUUUGCCAAAUGAGAUUGUUGUAAAAUAUGAAGAGUUUAAAACUGAUGUUACACCUCUCUUCCUUGCUGUUCAUUUCGGAAAUCUUAAUCUCGUUCGCCAAUUCCUGAAUGCUGGAGCUGAUGUAAAUCAAAAACUUUUUAGAGGUUUCGCAAUCACAGCAGCUGUGAGAGAAGGGCAUCUUGAGAUAUUAGAAGUGUUGCUCAAAGCUGGGGCUUCUCAACCAGGUUGUGAACAAGCCCUGUUGGAGACAAGCAUUCAUGGACGGGCAAGGUUCGUGGAACUUCUUAUGGAAUCUGACCUUAUACGGCCCCAUGUUUCCCUGCAUGCUUUUGUCACAGCAUGUGCCAGAGGAUUCACUGACGUUGUUGAUGCAAUGAUGAAGUGUGGGGUGAAUGCAAAUGCAAUGGACCGUGUACUUGUUCAGUCAUCAAAGCCAUCUCUUCAUACCAACAUUGACUGCAAUGGUCUCGUAGCUGCUGUUGUCAGCAGGCAAGCAUCUGUUGUCCGUUUGCUGCUACAGGCUGAUGUAAGAACAGACUUAGAAGUGAAGCUUGGAGCUUGGGCCUGGGACACAGACACAGGGGAAGAAUUUCGAGUGGGUGCAGGAUUAGCAGAGCCAUAUCCCCUCACUUGGUGUGCGGUUGAGUACUUUGAGAUUAGUGGAACAAUCCUCCGGAUGCUUCUACAGAAACAUUCACCAAAUACUCCUCAUCUAGGAAGAACUCUUCUCCAUCAUGCCAUCCUCUGUGCUAACAGCUUAGCUGUCAAUGUGCUACUCGACUGUGGAGCUGAUAUUGAAUGUGCAGUUAAAACAGCUUCCAACAUUUCAUUCUGUCCAUUACAUAUGGCUGCUCGACUUGGAAUACCAGCUAUUGUCCGAGCUCUUCUUGAAGCUGGUUGUGAUGUAAAUUCGAGAAGUAGCUCCGGUGACACUGCUCUUAUGAUCUCUGCCAAGUACAAACGAGAUGAAUGCCUCAGGAUACUUGCAACAGCAGGUGCUGAUUUUGGGCUAAUUAACAAUGUUGGCUUAUCUGUCAGCUCAAUUGCUUCCACAAAUAAGUGGUCCUUGGGUUUUCAAGAAGCAGUUUUGCAAGUCAUCAAAGAAGGGAAGAUUCCUCAAAGUAGCAAUUUCUCAAUCUUUUCACCUUUGCUAUUUGUUGCUCAAGCAGGAAAUACAGAUGCUUUGAAAUCUGUAUUAGCACAGCCAGAGAUGGACAUUAAUCAAUCAGAUCACAAUGGUUUCACUGCAGUGCUGCUUACAGCCUUAAAAGGGCAUGUAGAGUGCUUUCGCCUGCUUGUGUAUGCCAAUGCUGAUGUUAAGCAGUCCACAAAAUCAGGUGAGACUGUAAUUACGUUGUCUGAAUUCAGCUGCACGAGAGACCCAUUUGAGAAGGUUUUACUCGAGUAUGCCCUAGUUAUGGACAACCGCCAUGCAGAAGGGUUCUAUGCUCUACACUGUGCGGCUCGUCAAGGUGAUGCAGUAGCCAUCCAACUGUUGACUAGUAAGGGUUAUGAUGUGAACGCACCUGAUGGAGAUGGCUACACACCCCUGAUGCUAGCAGCGAGAGAGGGACAUGCCCAUAUUUGUAAGCUCUUGAUAGCAAAAGGCGCUUUUUGUGACGUUAAGAACAUAAGAGGCGAAACUGCACUCUCGCUUGCAAGGAAGAAUGGUAGAAAGGAAAACGAGGCUGAAUGCAUAAUACUGGAUGAGCUAGCUAGAAGGCUGGUAAGCCAGGGGGCAUGUGUGCAAAAGCACACUAGAGGAGGGAAAGGAUCUCCCCAUGCUAAAAUGAUCAUAGUGAAAACCACAGGCAUUCUAUCAUGGGGAACAUCAGGAAAGAGAAAUGUGGUCUGUCGAGAGGCUAAAGUUGGCCCCAGCAUGAGCUUUCUGAAGAACAGAAAAGGUAAAGGUGACGUCAAUGAUGCUGGGAUGUUUCACAUAGUGACAACCAAGAACAAGGAGGUGCAUUUUGUGUGUGAAGGUGGCUAUGAUGCUGCCAAAUUAUGGGCAAGAGGAAUCAACCUCCUUACAACAGAAGCUGGUUUAGUCUCCAAGCCAAUCGAGAUUUAAAUGUUUUGUUAUAUUUGUGUUCUAUGGAUUACAAUAGUGUCCUAAUACUUCACCUUGAAGUAUUUUUUAGUUGUAUAUAUUUUCGAACAUGGGAAGAGCGUUGAAAAAGAAAGAAAAA